GUAUUUCUUAUUUUGCCACCCGCCGUCCCAUCUAAUAUUUUCUCCAGCCCGAAACCCUUGCCGACGUCCGUCUACCAGUUUUGUCUAAACCAUUUCCUUCCUGACCAAACGCUGGCAAUACAGUCCCGGUUAGAGCAAGCUGGGUAGGCAACGACGGGUUCUCGGCAUACAAAGAUAUCCGAAACUCCCAUAUUUCUCUUCCUUCCACUCCGCUACUACCAGAAACAAUUGAGGAAGGAUUAUGUUAUCCAAGAUUGUGGGAAAUCUAUUGUUUGCUGACAAAUUCCAAACUUGUGUAACAUUGUGAUCUAGAAUUUGGUGUCACACCAUGUUCAUGUCGAGGAUUCUUAGCAGAGUUUUAUUGUCUGCUACUAAAUCCGAGUCCGCUGUCGCUUUGUUUUGUACUUCAACUUCAGUUAAUAAAGCUAGAAAUCCCCUUGAGGAGCUUUUUGAGGUAGAAAGAAGUACUGAGGAGGAAAAGCCCAUUGCAUAUGGUCGUGGUUGGAAAGCUUCUGAAUUGCGUCUUAAAUCCUGGGAUGAUCUUCAGAAGCUAUGGUAUGUACUUUUGAAGGAGAAGAACAUGUUAAUGAGUCAACGUCAGAUGCUCCAUGCUCAGAACCUGCGUUUUCCCAACCCAGAACGCAUUCCAAAGGUGAGGAAAUCCAUGUGCCGAAUCAAACAUGUUUUAACUGAGAGAGCAAUCGCUGAGCCUGAUUCCAGGAGGUCUGCUGACAUGAAGAGAAUGAUUAAUGCCCUUUGAUUCCAUAAUUUUUAGAAUAAUGGUAAUGAUUUACUCUCUUAAAUGUUUCUCAAUCCUGUUCUAGAAAUGUUAUAUUUGUGCAGAUGCUUACAGAGGUUUAAUCCAUCUAUGUGUUUUUUUAAAAAUUUUAUUUGAUGUAAUGCUAAUAUAUUCAAACUUCACCAGCUUUAUAUUGAUUGCUUCAUGAUUUGUUUC